UCUCCGCCUCCAGCCAGCAGCUUCUCCUCUGCACGGGAGCGUGACGAUCCAGCAGCCAAAAUGACCGAGAAACGAAUGUCCUCGAGCCGCAAGCACAGCAUGAAAAGUUGCAUGCUGUCGGUGGCGAAGGAUUUACUGGAGGCUGAAGCGAACGUGAAGGCUCAGGAGAGAGCAAAGUACCUGGCCGAGAAAGUUCCUCCUCUGCAGCUGCCGCACUCCAAAGACGACCUCGCGGAGCUGUGCAAGAAGCUGCACGAGCAGAUCAACGUCAGCGAGGAGGAGCGAUACUGCAUGGAGUUCAAGGUCAACAUGGUCCUGAACGAGGUCCGAGACCUGAACAUCAAGAUCGUUGAUCUGAGAGGAAAGUUCAAGAGACCGAAGCUGAAGAAGGUGCGCAUGUCGGCCGACGCCAUGCUGAAGGCCCUGCUGGGCUCCAAGCACACGGUCAACAUGGACCUGAGGGCCAACCUGAAGCAGGUCAAGAAGGAGGUCAAGGAGGAGGACAAGCAGCUGCGCGACGUCGGCGACUGGCGCAAGAACAUCGAGGACAAGUCUGACAGGAAGAAGAUGUUUGACAGUUAAAUCUGAUCGAUCGAUCGGUGUGAUUGACGGGACGGGAUUUCUGCUCUGAUGUGCUCGUAGAUGAAGAGUUUUGUUCCAAAACGAGACAAAACGCCGGCGCCCCCCCUCAUCCUGCUGCCGCUUAGAAAUGUCGAGGAUCCGGUUUGUCGUCUUAGUUUGAUUUACUUUUGAGCUUUAAAGGAAAAAUCCCCUCAAAACCCCUCAGACAGCUGUGGAUGGUGUGCAAACCUGAUGGCUGGCUAGUGUGUGUGUGUGUGUGUGUGUGUGUGAGCCUGAGCGUCUACCUUUGAUUGGAAGCAGCACGUUUUGCCCCUUCUCUGGGGGUUCUCCAAAGGCAUUCUGGGAAAUGUGGGGAAAGCAGCAGGGCCUAACUGAAGCGGACGUAGACGAGGCGGCUUGAGGGAACAGGACGGCUGGAAUGUGUUGAGCAUCACAUUCUGACAGAGGAAGAGGAUUUCAGGGAGAUAUUUCCUUAAUAAAUCAGUGCAACAGCAUAAAAAU